AAAGAUUCAAAAGAUUCAAAAGAUUCAAAAGAUUCAAAAGAUUCAAAAGAUUCAAAAGAUUCAAAAGAUUCAAAAGAUUCAAAAGAUUCAAAAGAUUCAAAAGAUUCAAAAGAUUCAAAAGAUUCAAAAGAUUCAAAAGAUUCAAAAGAUUCAAAAGAUUCAAAAGAUUCAAAAGAUUCAAAAGAUUCAAAAGAUUCAAAAGAUUCAAAAGAUUCAAAAGAUUCAAAAGAUUCAAAAGAUUCAAAAGAUUCAAAAGAUUCAAAAGAUUCAAAAGAUUCAAAAAAUUCAAAAGAUUCAAAAGAUUCAAAAGUUUCAAAAGAUUCACGACAUUAAAAAGAUUCAAAAGAUUCAAAAGAUUCAAAAGAUUCAAAAGAUUCAAAAGAUUCAAAAGAUUCAAAAGAUUCAAAAGAUUCAAAAGAUUCAAAAGAUUCAAAAGAUUCAAAAGAUUCAAAAGAUUCAAAAGAUUCAAAAGAUUCAAAAGAUUCAAAAGAUUCAAAAGAUUCAAAAGAUUCAAAAGAUUCAAAAGAUUCAAAAGAUUCAAAAGAUUCAAAAGAUUCAAAAGAUUCAAAAGAUUCAAAAGAUUCAAAAGAUUCAAAAGAUUCAAAAGAUUCAAAAGAUUCAAAAGAUUCAAAAGAUUCAAAAGAUUCAAAAGAUUCAAAAGAUUCAAAAGAUUCAAAAGAUUCAAAAGAUUCAAAAGAUUCAAAAGAUUCAAAAGAUUCAAAAGAUUCAAAAGAUUCAAAAGAUUCAAAAGAUUCAAAAGAUUCAAAAGAUUCAAAAGAUUCAAAAGAUUCAAAAGAUUCAAAAGAUUCAAAAGAUUCAAAAGAUUCAAAAGAUUCAAAAUAUUCAGAAGAUUCAAAAGAUUCAAAAGAUUCAAAAGAUUCAAAAGAUUCAAAAGAUUCAAAAGAUUCAAAAGAUUCAAAAGAUUCAAAAGAUUCAAAAGAUUCAAAAGAUUCAAAAGAUUCAAAAGAUUCAAAAGAUUCAAAAGAUUCAAAAGAUUCAAAAGAUUCAAAAGAUUCAAAAGAUUCAAAAGAUUCAAAAGAUUCAAAAGAUUCAAAAGAUUCAAAAGAUUCAAAAGAUUCAAAAGAUUCAAAAGAUUCAAAAGAUUCAAAAGAUUCAAAAGAUUCAAAAGAUUCAAAAGAUUCAAAAGAUUCAAAAGAUUCAAAAGAUUCAAAAGAUUCAAAAGAUUCAAAAUAUUCAGAAGAUUCAAAAGAUUCAAAAGAUUCAAAAGAUUCAAAAGAUUCAAAAGAUUCAAAAGAUUCAAAAGAUUCAAAAGAUUCAAAAGAUUCAAAAGAUUCAAAAGAUUCAAAAGAUUCAAAAGAUUCAAAAGAUUCAAAAGAUUCAAAAGAUUCAAAAGAUUCAAAAGAUUCAAAAGAUUCAAAAGAUUCAAAAGAUUCAAAAGAUUCAAAAGAUUCAAAAGAUUCAAAAGAUUCAAAAGAUUCAAAAGAUUCAAAAGAUUCAAAAGAUUCAAAAGAUUCAAAAGAUUCAAAAGAUUCAAAAGAUUCAAAAGAUUCAAAAGAUUCAAAAGAUUCAAAAGAUUCAAAAGAUUCAAAAGAUUCAAAAGAUUCAAAAGAUUCAAAAGAUUCAAAAUAUUCAGAAGAUUCAAAAGAUUCAAAAGAUUCAAAAGAUUCAAAAGAUUCAAAAGAUUCAAAAGAUUCAAAAGAUUCAAAAGAUUCAAAAGAUUCAAAAGAUUCAAAAGAUUCAAAAGAUUCAAAAGAUUCAAAAGAUUCAAAAGAUUCAAAAGAUUCAAAAGAUUCAAAAGAUUCAAAAGAUUCAAAAGAUUCAAAAGAUUCAAAAGAUUCAAAAGAUUCAAAAGAUUCAAAAGAUUCAAAAGAUUCAAAAGAUUCAAAAGAUUCAAAAGAUUCAAAAGAUUCAAAAGAUUCAAAAGAUUCAAAAGAUUCAAAAGAUUCAAAAGAUUCAAAAGAUUCAAAAGAUUCAAAAGAUUCAAAAGAUUCAAAAGAUUCAAAAGAUUCAAAAGAUUCAAAAGAUUCAAAAGAUUCAAAAGAUUCAAAAGAUUCAAAAGAUUCAAAAGAUUCAAAAGAUUCAAAAGAUUCAAAAGAUUCAAAAGAUUCAAAAGAUUCAAAAGAUUCAAAAGAUUCAAAAGAUUCAAAAGAUUCAAAAGAUUCAAAAGAUUCAAAAGAUUCAAAAGAUUCAAAAGAUUCAAAAGAUUCAAAAGAUUCAAAAGAUUCAAAAGAUUCAAAAGAUUCAAAA